AUGGUCGAAGCUGUCCCUAAAGACUUUCAUGAAAAGUUUUCCGAGGUUGUUCGCAACUAUGGAGUCUUAUAUGACAAGGGGUGUACAGAUUUUAAAGACAAAAACAAGAAAACACAAGCCUGGUUUCAAGGUGGUAAUACAAUGGGCAUGACGAAAGGUAAUAUGAAUGAUUUGCAAUUCUUCCCUUGUGAAAUACGAGGCACAAGCAUAUUUCUGAAACUGUACCUGCAUAACAGGUACAGUAGAGAGAAGAAAAAAUUAAAGAAAGUCAAGGUUUCUGGGACAGGUCGCGAUAAUGUUAUGGAGGUGAAAUCAAAUUUAUCAGAAAUAUAUCCUUACUUACAAUGGCUAGAGCCAUUUAUUGCUGAAUGA